UCAAAAGAUCGAAUGUCUCUCAAUAUCUAUUAAAUUUACUUGUCUACGUUAAAGCGGAAGUACUUGGUACGUACUCACAACUAGUUAACUACUUCCUGAGUUCGAGGACGAGAUAUGAUCUUUGUCCAUCGAUUUCUAAGACAUAAGUGGAUUCGUGUGCAGUGAUUGUAUAGCAUACGCCUUCCAGAAAAUCGUCAUUAAACAAUAAAGGCCUAUAAUUCUGUUUGUGAUACAUGGACUUUUACGGACACCUUUAAUAGUUUUAAUUAAUUCUAUGAUUAUCCCGGAGGCGCUAUAGCAUUCUUCCUCAUAUCACGAGUUGUAUAUAUACCGGAGGCCCACCAGUGGAGAAUUCAGUAUCAUCAACAAUAUUUCUUGCAAGAUGAAGAUCAUCGUAACGAUCGUCCUUCUGUCCGCUAUUGCGACAGUGGUGGAGCUGAAAUCGGAAUCAAAGAAGAACAAACGCGGAGUGGCAUUUUUCGGAUCGCCUGAUUUCUUUGGGUUCGUGCCAGCCUUCACUCCUUCGUGGGCUUCGAAUUUUGCGACUUCGGCCUGGAACCCACCGAUCGCUCCGGACGUAGCGCUCGCACAAGUCGAAGUUCAAGCUACGCACGACGUGGCACUUCAGGCGUUGAAGGAUCCGGUGCCCGGUACGCCCAGCAUCGCAUACCCACCCGAAGUUUUAAAAGCGAUUCAACAAGCAAAGGAAGCAAACAAUAACGUUGCCGUAGCUCAGCAUAAAGUUGCGGAAGCGAAGCAAGCCGCGCUGAUUCAGCAGAAAAUUGCAUUGGCAAAGGAAGCAGCGGCAAGGGAAGCUGCCGCGAGAUCGCAUGAAAUUUCGCAACAUGCUGAGACCGAAGCUAAAGCUAGCGCCCGACAGCUCGUAGCAUUACAACAGAGAUUAGCAACCCUAAAGGAUACUGUGGCAGCUGCACAGAGAGUAGCAGCGGCAAGAGAAGCCGCCGCAGCUGCAGCAAUCCAAAGAAACGCAGCUAACACCGCCGCAGAAUUGCGAAAGCAGGAUGUUGAUAAGCAAAUUAAUCAGAGCGAGCAGGAAGCUAAGGAAAAAGAUAUAAUAGCUGCGAAAGAAAAUGCAAUAGCAGCUGCAGUCCAGCAUGCGAGCUUACAGAAACCUGUUCAUCACCCUUGGGGUUAAAAACUGUUUCAUGACAUUAUAUAUAUUUUAUAUACGUAUAUCAAUAUAACAGCAUAUAUUAUACAUUUGGUGAUGGUUACAUAAA